ACCACCACCCCCCAAAUUCAUGUCUGUCUGAGGUUGGCUGAUCUCUAACAUUCCGUCGUCGUCAGGGAAAGGAAUUACAGCGACAUCGUGUUCGAGCGAAGGUGAAGAGCGAGAGAGGAUCGAUUAGAUGCAUACCCCUAUCCCACAGAACAGCCGGUUAUCGAACGGCGAUGCCGCAGUCUCCGCUGCACUGGCAUCCACCAACAAUGGCGGCACAGCGGAAAUCCGGAGGAAGUCGAGACGGAAACCCUCGGUGACCGAUGCCACUCUGGCGCCGCGACAGAAACGAAAAGCUCCCCGGGAACGUGCUGCCCGCACCUGGGUCGAUGACACGACAGCCCUGCUCGAGCGGAACCAAAUACGCAUGUCGGUGGUUUUGAUGGCGAUGCUCGGAGCAGCACACGCGUUAUUCCCGCACCUACGACCGAUGCUUCGAAAGUUUUACGCGAUCUCGUACUACAAGCCGGAAACCGGAAUGUAUGGCAAAGGACUCGACGACCUGUACUUGGUAUUCUUCUGGAUUGUGCUGUUCACGUUCCUGCGAUCGACCGUGCUGGACUACGUGUUUGUGCCGCUGGCGAGAAUGGGCGGCAUCACUACACGUAAGGGUGUGGUCCGGUUUUCGGAACAGGCAUGGCUGGUGGUUUACUACGGCUCAUUUUGGGGUGUGGGAAUGUACCUAUUGUACAACAGUCCGUACUGGCUCAACAUGCAGGAGCUGUGGACCGGCUGGCCGCUGAAAGAGCUCUCGGGCCUGUUCAAGUGGUACUAUUUGGCACAGUUUGCUUUUUGGCUGCAGCAGAUUUUUGUUCUCAACAUCGAAGAGCGAAGAAAGGAUCACUAUCAGAUGUUUGCCCAUCACAUCAUUACGUGCUCGUUGAUCGCUGCAAGUUACACACACCACUUGACCAGAGUCGGACAUGUAAUCCUGUGCAUCAUGGAUGUGAUUGACAUCCUGCUCUCGGCCGCCAAACUGCUCAAAUACCUUGGCUACAGCACGAUCUGCGACUACGCAUUCGGCAUCUUCCUGGUCGCAUGGAUCGUCGGGCGGCACGGGCUGUACAACUGGAUCACGCACUCAGUGUGGAAGGAUUCGAUCGCGAUCAUCGAGCCGGGGUGCUACUCGACGUCGGGCGAGCUGAUCCCAGGGCGCGAAGCAGAUCUCGAAACGAUCUGGAAAUCAAUCACGUUCCAGUCGGAGGAGAUCUGCUACACGCUGCCCGUGCAGCGCACGUUCCUUGCCCUCCUCGUCUUCCUCCAGGUCAUCACCCUGCUCUGGCUCUACAUGAUCCUCCGUAUCGCGUGGAGAGUCGUCCGUGGCAUUGGCGCGGAUGAUACUCGCAGUGAGGAUGAGGACGAGCUUGAUGAUGAGCUGGAGGAGCUGAAGAAACGGUGAUGUGCACGUUGCUGCAUGCGUGCGCUCGGGGGAUCCGGGGUGGAGAGAUGGGAUGUGAUGUGAUGUGAUGUGCAGGAGUGCCGAUGCGAUGAGAUGAUGGACGGUUUCGUUGAAGUUGAUGGAUGGAUGGAUGGUUUUUUCUAUAUCUUUGGUUUUUUCUACUUACUCUGGACGUGCCGUGGGAGGAUGGAGGGGGGAUGGGGAUGCCGUGUGUGCCGUUGCUCUGCUCUACUCUCUUCUUCUUCUGAUUCUGAUUCUGAUUCGAUUCAAGAUUUUGUGUUAAUUACCUGGCUUGCUUUGCUUGCUUGCUUGCGAUACGGUAGCUUUUUAUACACUUACCUUUUUGCUUUUCGGUUGAUGUCUUUUCUUUUCCGGUAUGGUUAGUUGGAUGUGGUAGACUUUUUCUCUUUUGCUAUGAAGGCUUUUUGCUUCUCCAGGUUGGAGAUAUAUCAAUCACAAUCACAAUUCACAACUCAC